GGGAUCCAGGGCUGGGACCGAAAGAUAACGGGAUUGGAAGCUGCUCUGGUUGUUCAUUGAGAGCGCGCCUGGUACGGGAUUAAGGUUUUUGGAGGAUUUGGCCGUGCAGAGAAUGGUUGCGUUUCUCCAUAUCAGUCAGACUUACAGUGACCAUGUCAGGACCGUUGAAUGAGAAGAGCCCAGUUUCUGGUCUAACCCUUAGUCUUAUCUCCUCCCAUAACGAUUUGUUGUCCCCUAAGAGUCGCCAGGUCUACGCUCACACCGACCUGCAGAGCGCCAUGGGUCUGGUCAGCACAGAGCUGGGAGGGGGAGCACCAGCUGAUCGCACAAACCUCAAGUGGUUAAAGGAAGGACAGAAUCAGCUGCGUAAAGCGGCUACACAUGGCAAAGAAGAUCAGAAUUGCAACCCAGACUUACAGUUUGUCAACAAAGAGUGGGACAAAGAGGAUAAACAGAUGGAGCUGGAGGUGUCCACUCUCAACUGCGUCAAUCUGAGUAGUGUGUUGAACACCCCUCUGCUCAUCCAGGAUGCAGAUGACGAGUACGAGGAUCUGACGCCUGCACAAAGUGAGGUCACUGAUCCCAUCACUACUGAAACCUCAGAAUUCAGUUCUGAAGUACUUGAAACCCAGGAGCAGGAAUGUGGGCGAGAGGGGAGCGAGGGAGGACGUGAUGGUGGUCGCAGUGCCAGUCUACUUUUUGGGAUGAGAAACACUGCAGGGAGCGACGAGGAUUCCAGUUGGGCGACACUGUCCCAAGGCAGCCCAUCAUAUGGGUCUCCAGAUGAAACAGAUUCCUUCUGGAACAAGAACUCUCUGGAGACGGAUUCGGACCUGCCCUCUGGUUGGAUGAGGGUGCAGGACACCUCGGGUACUUACUACUGGCACGUACCUACAGGUACCACCCAAUGGGAGCCGCCCUCUGAUCUGUGCAACGGAGAACCUAAACUGUACCCUGUUCCAACUGAACACACAGAAGCUGAGGAAGGGCAGGAUCCAGCUUCACAGGACGACUUUUCUGAGCUUGGUGGGAGCGAUCUUGAGGAGACAACUUUCCAUAUAAACAACCUGGACUUAAGCUCACCCCAGCCAUCUGAUGAAGAGGAUGAGUCUCAGGUAGCACCGCACACGACUUCACAGAGUUUCCCGGUGAGCUGUCUCGGAUGGGUUGAGAUGACUGAAGAGGAUUUAGCACCAGGAAGAAGCAGCAUCGCUGUGAACACGUGUAUCCGACAGCUGUCCCUACACAGCAACAGCCUCAUGCAGGGUAAGGAUAUGUUGCUUGUGUUGGAUCAAGAUUCACUGAAGCUCUUUGACCCUUCAGGACAGAUCCUACUACACUCCCAGCCUAUUGUCAGCAUCCGGGUGUGGGGCGUUGGGCGAGAUGAUGGCAGGGACUUUGCCUAUGUUGCGAGGGACAAACUGACACAGCUGCUGAAAUGUCACGUGUUUAGGUGUGAAGAACCAGCCAAAGCCAUCGCCACUGGUCUGCACGGCGUCUGCUCCCGGAUCAUGGCAGAAAGACGCAGUGCACGCUCUCUUGUCAAUGGGCUUUUCUUAGAUCCGUCUAGAAUGGUGGACAUUCCUUUUCAAGUUGAGUUUCCUGCUCCAAAGAACGAGUUAGUUCAGCGGUUCCAGGUUUUCUACCUUGGGAAUGUUUUGGUGCGCAAGCCUGUGGGAAUGGAAGUUAUAAACAGCAACCUGCAGACUGCUAUGAACUCACCUAGAAAUGAGUGGACACCGGUCACCGUCAGCGUGGCUUCUGCUACUGUCACCAUCAUACACCAACAGACAGAGGAGCCGCUCAGCGAGUGUCGGGUGAGAUUCCUCUCGUUUAUGGGGGUUGGGAGAGAUGUCCACACAUUUGCAUUUAUCAUGGCUGAGGCUCCAACGGUCUUCAUCUGUCACAUGUUCUGGUGCGACCCUAACGCCGCGCAUUUGUCUGAAGCUGUGCAAGCUGCCUGCAUGCUGCGAUAUCAGAAGUGUCUCGACGCCCGGCCCCAGGGCUCUUCCUGCUUGCCAACGCCCCCUGCAGACUCUGUUGCUCGCAGAGUGGGCUCUAGUGUUCGCCGGGGUGUGCAGUCACUGCUUGGCUCUUUCAAAACGAAGCGGCCAGGAGGACAGACGCCGUGACCUUUGUGACUCAUCUAGAACCCUCUCUUCCUGCACUCACAGCACUCCCUGCACUCACUCUCUUCCUACAGGCUAAUGUGGCUGGCCAAGGGAGCAUAACAAUCUGUACCAAGUCUCCCACUAUAAAGGCAAAAGGCCCACCAGGAACUGGGUUAACUUACAUGACCUGAACCCUUAUAAAUAGCAAUAAGCCACUGGGCAGCUGCGAGACCCUCUGUUACUAGUUGCUGUCUAAUGACAGUUGUCUCUGUGAUUGUGUUUGUGUGACGUACGCUGCUAAUGUAGCCUCAAUAAUGUGUCAUUUGCUAGUUGUCAUAAAAGGUUUCUGACGUAUUUAUAAUUUAUCAACCCUGACUAGACCGUAGCUCACUACAGUUGAAUAGCAAUGGAUCUGAUGUAAAUAAUGUGUCUUCUAAAGGGUUCUGUGCUUUAGAUCCAAUAUUUAGAUUGGAUGAUUAUAAUGUAUAGAUCACAAUAUAAACACCAAGAUAACUAAAGCUUGUGUCAGUGAGAGAGCGAGCAGAGUCGCUGCUUGUGUCAGUGAGAGCGAGCAGAGUCGCUGCUUGUGUCAGUGAGAGCGAGCAGAGUCGCUGCUUGUGUCAGUGAGAGCGAGCAGAGUCGCUGCUUGUGUCAGUGAGAGCGAGCAGAGUCGCUGCUUGUGUCAGUGAGAGCGAGCAGUGUCGCUGCUUGUCAGUGAGAGCGAGCAGAGUCGCUGCUUGUGUCAGUGAGAGCGAGCAGAGUCGCUGCUUGUGUCAGUGAGAGCGAGCAGAGUCGCUGCUUGUGUCAGUGAGAGCGAGCAGAGUCGCUGCUUGUGUCAGUGAGAGCGAGCAGAGUCGCUGCUUGUGUCAGUGAGAGCGAGCAGAGUCGCUGCUUGUGUCAGUGAGAGCGAGCAGAGUCGCUGCUUGUGUCAGUGAGAGUGAGCAGAGUCGCUGCUUGUGUCAGUGAGAGCGAGCAGAGUCGCUGCUUGUGUCAGUGAGAGCGAGCAGAGACGCUGCUUGUGUCAGUGAGAGCAAGCAGAGUCGCUGCUUGUGUCAGUGAGAGCAAGCAGAGUCGCUGCUUGUGUCAGUGAGAGCGAGCAGAGACGCUGCUUGUGUCAGUGGGAGCGAGCAGAGUCGCUGCUUGUGUCAGUGAGAGCGAGCAGAGUCGCUGCUUGUGUCGGUGAGAGAAUGAGAGCAGAGUGGCUGCUUGUGUUGGUGGGAGAGAGCAGUCUCUCUGCUUGUGUCGGUGGGAGAGAGAGCAGUCUCUUUGCUUGUGUCGGUGGGAGAGAGAGCAGUCUCUUUGCUUGUGUCGGUGGGAGAGAGAGCAGUCUCUUUGCUUGUGUCAGUGGGAGAGAGAGCAGUCUCUCUGCUUGUGUCGGUAGGAGAAUGAGAGCAGUCUCUCUGCUUGUGUCGGUAGGAGAAUGAGAGCAGUCUCUCUGCUUGUGUCGGUAGGAGAAUGAGAGCAGUCUCUCUGCUUGUGUCGGUGAGAGAAUGAGAGCAGAGGGGCUGCUUGUGUCGGUGAGAGAAUGAGAGCAGAGGGGCUGCUUGUGUCGGUGAGAGAAUGAGAGCAGAGGGGCUGCUUGUGUCGGUGAGAGAAUGAGAGCAGAGGGGCUGCUUGUGU